AUGUUGGGACGUUUCGGCUACAGCCGGCCAGAAGUACCGGCUCGGAUAGCGGCCCGAUCCCGGUGUGCCAAGCUCGGCGACGACGAAAGCUCCCUCGUUCAGCCAUUUGAAACUAGAUAUCUCGAUUCUACUCCCCUCAUUAGGAUGAGUAGUAUUGUCUGCUUUGCCCCCAAGAACAGCCUUGACUCCUUGUUUGACGUCACAGCAAGCGUACACCAUGCCGGGAGUUCCAUCAAACAAGGCAUCUGCCAGCGUUGCACCAAUGCUGGAGUUGAAUGUCCUGGAUAUGUACAAACUCGCAAGUUUAUCGAUCAGGGUGCCUCUGUUCGGCGUCGAUAUGCGCCAUAUCAGCAGGAUAACCCCCGACGGGAUCCUUCACAUAGUCCCAAUAAAGUGACGCGAGAAAGUCCACCAAAUAUUGGAAGAGCUACAAUCAGAAGCAAUGCUGCUAAUGAUCAAAUACACACGCGUGUAGCUGCAACAGCUGUAGCCGAUCAGCCAGCCGACGCUAGUCAAACCUUUUUUGGUUCGCCUAUAGCCGAAUCAAGACGUCAAAACCAGUUACAAGCGGAAAGUCAGCAUAGCCCAAACGCUGGCGCUGGUGCUGCUGCAGUGGCUGAACAGCCAUUGUCGGAGAUGCAUAGUCGUGCCGCUCAAGUGGCUCACACUCAUAGUAACCCCUUUGACGAUAGACUUCAUCCCCACGGGGAUGCACCCAUGACUUAUCACGAAGAGCAUGCAACAGCCGAUUAUCAAUCACCAGCUCAUGACAGCCAAUCCGUCCAAAGUGAUAAAGAGGAUUUUCAUGAGGUGGUAUCGGAGUUAAUGACAGACUCUGAGCACGAGAUAUCCUUUCUUAUACGCCAUUACUCGCAAAAUAUCGCUCCAUGGCUGGACCUCUCCGAUAGUAGAAGGUUCUUUACAACAUACGUUCCCAUACGAGCGAUAGAUUAUCCUUACGUGAGAUACUCGAUCGGCGCCUUAGCAGCAAUACAUCUGGGCCAGAUGAAGGGCGCGACAUGUCCGGAAAACGUUGGCAUGUUUACUAGCCCAGCAGCCAUGGAGACGUAUCCUAACGCGCCAGAAGUGGACUGGUAUCUCAAGGCGGCAAACUACUACUAUAUGUCAAUCGCGCGCAUGAACUCAAGCAUGCCAGAAUCUUUUGCGACUCUGUCCAGUUCCGCUGUCCUGGAAGGCCCCGUCGAAAUCGUGAAAACCUGGCUGCACCGCCAUGCAGAGACUACUCCUCCCUCUGCAAGAGACGACACGUUUUGGAGGAAAGCAGAGGCCUUGCUAGCCACAGCAACCAUGCUCACCAUGUAUAAACUCAUAAGCAAACCCGGAGAGGAAUGGAAUCGAUACCUCACCGGCGUCAACUCCUUAUUCGAAUCCCUCCUCCACCUCAACAGCAACUCCUCUGACCCCAUAAAAUUCACCCACGGCAUUAACGCCUCGUUCUGGAACUUCGCUCGACAAGACUACCUAGCCUCCUACUUCAACCGCCUUCCCACCUACCUCGACCCAACCAACCUCCCGCUCUGGCGCGCAGCCGGCCUCACCUUCACCGAAACCGGCGAAAUCGACCCCACAAGCAGCACCUCCUUCUCCACCCCAGAAGACUUCGCCUCCAACAGCCUCACCUACCUCCUAUCCAAGUUGACCAACUUCCUUGCCCACCUCCGAACAUCCCAACUAGACCAACUCAUCACUCAACCAUCACCACCUCCAACCAGAACAACCCCAACCACACCCCCAACAUCUACCUCCACCUCCCCCUCGACAACCUGGCUCAACCUCUCCGUCUCCUUCCAAUCCUGGGUCGACCGCAUGCCCGAAACAUUCCGCCCGUGUUUACGGCUGCACACUCCCCGUCCCGAAGUCUACUACUCUCUCCCAUCCUGUGCCUCGACCAUGCAACAAUACCAUUUCGGUAGGCUAGCACUAUGUCUCAAUCGUCCCGCGGACGUGAUUACAAGUCCCACGACCGCGUUCGACCGACUCCAGGGGUACAGGGAGGUCACGAAGGAGGUCGAUUAUAGAUGUAAGGAGAUUGUGGGAAUUGCGGCGGCGAGGCCCCAGAGUUGCGCGCGGAUUUAUAUGCCGGCUUUGCUGUUCGCUGCGGGACAGUGUCUUGAGAAGCAGGAGGAGAGGCAGGUUGUGGAGGAGUUGUUGUGUGGGAUUGGGGCGGAUUUGGGAUGGGAGACGGAUUCGGAGAUCCAGAGGUUGAAGGGGUUGUGGGAGGAGAGGUAGAUUGGUAGUCUUAGUUACUUUGUGUUGGUUGUGAGGGUGUAUUUAUAGCGAGUUGGGUGGGUAGUGUAGCGGAUGCGUUUGGUUUGUGUAUAUUUGAUUCGUGAAUCCUGG